UAAAGCAUUGAAAGAUUGAUUCCUAAAAAAAUGACAUUGUUUCUUUCUCGCCAAAUCAUCUACCAACAACCCAACACACUAGCUAGAUCCUUCUCGGCUGCCUCUUGGGUGCUGUUUUCAGUAGUUUAGAUAAAUGUUACAAAAGCUAUCGUAAUGCCACCAAACAGUGCAAUCAAACAAGGACAACGUCACACGAGCAUGGCCGUUCAGUCCCCUACCAGCAACAAGAUCAGCAUCAUCAGAUAUCAAAUCAUUGAGUCUGACAAUAUUUGGACAAGCGGCUCAUUCGGUGCCUAACGAGCUCGACCCAGUUGUUGUGCUUAGUUUAAACAUUACGUGAAUUCGGUUGUAAUAUCAAUCUCAUAAGUGGGUCUACUAUCAACUAUGCUCUGAUGGGGACAAUCUUUUUGGCUUGUCCAUUAAGCUAAGCCCUUGGCAUGACCACAUUUGCUUUCAAGGGCUGUUUCAUCCAGCAAAAAACACAUGGCUUUGCUCCUUCACCAGCCCAACAAUUAAAAACUCCACUUGUCGCACCGAAUGCGCUGAUGGUGGACAAGGUACCCGAUUUCAAGUUAUGGUCUUGGGUUCGACUUCAAAUUGAGUUACUUGAAGCACCUUUGUGAACACUUGUAGACAAAAGCCAUUAAUCACGAAGAUAUAUAUGACAUGCCGGUAAUCAAUUGUUGACAAGUAAAUCAGAAACACGGCGUUGUUAUACGACAUGUUACAGGAGGAAAUGCUUUUCGGACGACGAAUAUAUGCUCCACCCUCCAUGAACCACUUGCGCAACCAAUCCUAUCAUGUUACAAUUCGCCCUUAUACUAAGCACACGGCACUGCCUCCUCCUAACCGAUUAGAACGAAAGCUACACAUUGCCAACAAGACCCUCUUUCAUUUCCUAUAAGUAGAUGAGAUCCGUAAAUGCUACAACACAUCCACAACCUUUGGCAAUUCACUCUCACUAUAGCAAAGAGAAAAAGCAUUCGCCACAAUAAUAGACAAUGAUCAAUCCAAAGAAGCUCGUAGAAAUGGCGAAGAAGUGGCAGAGGAUGUCUUCCACGGGAAGACGGAGGAUUGCAACUGCAAGAAGAGAUGCAGGCCUCGACAUUAAUGAGGCAUGCAGGACUUCGGUUGCAGAGAAGGGUCAUUGCGUUGUGUAUAGUAUCGACGGAACACGAUUCAUGGUUCCUUUGGCAUAUCUUAGUAGCAGAAUCUUUGGAGAGCUCUUCAAGAUGUCCGAAGAGGAGUUUGGAUUGCCGCGUGGGCCUAUAGUGUUGCCCUUCGAUGCAAUCUUCAUGGAAUAUGUGAUGUCUUUGCUUCGAAGACGGGUUUCAGAAGAGGUGGAGAGAGCUCUUCUUAGCUCGGUGUCGAUCCCUCGAGCAUGUGCUAUGCCCCCUGUAGGACUUGACCAUCAUUUAGCAGUUUGCAGUUUCUAAUGAUCAAUAUAUAUAUGUAUAUGUUUUCUUUCUCUUCCUUUUUGUGUGUGCGAGAGCGGUUUUUUGUAAAGAUAUAUCUUCAUAGGAUUCCAAAGAUUACAAGUUGAUGUGUGAAAAUUUCACUUUAGAGAAA